AGUGAAUUUCUCUAGGCUGGUGGACACGAUCACCGUGGCCCGUUAGCACAGGGAUAAAGCGGGCUGCAAAGGGCACGACAGGCCUUCCCCUGUUUUCUGUAAUAGUCGCGCCUUAGGCAGAGGGGCGUGGCGCUUGCAAAGCGUGCGGUGGUGGCAGCGCUUCGGCUGAGACUGGAACGUGGGGUGCGCGGGGCGGCUCGCGCUGUUGUGAUACAAUGAUUAUACCUGUGAGGUGUUUUACUUGUGGCAAAAUUGUUGGAAACAAAUGGGAGGCAUAUCUUGGACUUCUGCAAGCAGAAUACACAGAAGGUGAUGCCCUAGAUGCUCUGGGUCUGAAGAGAUACUGCUGUCGGCGAAUGCUGCUUGCCCACGUGGACCUGAUUGAGAAGCUCCUGAAUUACGCCCCUCUGGAGAAAUAAAUAGGAAUGUUGAAUAAUAUGCAUUGAGCUAGCGUGUUAUUAUAAAUCCUGGAGUUAAAUGGCUGGGGUUUCAGAUUCAGACCAUGGUCAGUUUCAAAGGAUUUCAGCCUGGGCACACUACUGUCCCUGCCUCUAAUUUCUUCAAAGAAAAUUACUGAAAGGCUAAAUCCACUUACACACAGCUGGGGACUCUAGUUUUAAUUGAAACAAGGAUGAAAGUCCACCAGAAUCCUUUGGGGUUUUGAAAAAUGUUAACACAAUUUAAAUUGUAUUGUUGAGUUAUUAGCAGGAAUGUUAAUAAAGGUUGAUAUAACCUA